GGGGUGGCUGGGAAAGAAAAGUGGCAACAGGAGUUGGAAGCCCGAGCGAGGACGAGCAGCGGCGGCGUCAUGGCCCUCCAGAGAAGAGCGUGAGUGACUCCCCAGCACCAAGCGCCACGAGAACUUCCCGUCCCGAAGGCAAGCAACUCUGAGGAGCAGCGGGCGGCGCCUGAUGUUUUGACCGAGGUAACGUCUGGCAUAUCUGAAGAAAUGUUUCUGGUCGCCUUCCAUUUCACAUAUUGAAAGCGCAAAGAACUUGGAUCUUAAUCGUUUUUGGGAGUACAUUCUGCACGUAAAAGCUUUCUGGUAUAAAACGAGGUAUAUGCAAGUGGUUUUAAAAACAACUUCUGGGAUAUAAAAUCCCCCCCCCCGGUUUUUCUCAUUUUUUUUUAAAAAAGGUAUUUUUGAAUAACUGUUGGUGGCAGAGGGAAAAUCUUGAGUUUUACAAAGCAGAUUGACUUGAUUAUUUAAAAUCCCAUUGCCUUCAUUUUUCCUUGGAUAGUGUGUGUGUGGGCGUGCACAAUUUUUUUUUUAAAAAAAUGGAUAAAUAUGACAAUCUGGGUCUGGAGGCAAGCAAAUUCAUAGAAGAUCUUAAUAUGUAUGAAGCCUCCAAAGAUGGGCUUUUCCGAGUAGACAGAGCAGUUGAAAACAACCCAGAAUUUGAAGAAACUAGAAGAGUUUUUGCUACAAAAAUGGCCAAAAUUCAUCUUCAGAAACAGCGAGAACAAGAGGAGCUAAUGAAAGCAUCUCCAGGAGCUCCAAAUGGUGGGGUUGGUUUUGGUACUCAGCAUCAGCUUCCAAACCAUCCUGUAGCCAGAGCCACUACAGGGUCAAAUAAACUGCAUUCUGGAGAAAAUACAGCAAAGCCCCCUUUGGCUACAUCACCAACAGCAUGUGCAGGCCAUCAGCUUGCCUUUCCAAACCAGCCCCAGGGUAAUACGGAUGGAGAGCGAGCAAAGUUAUAUGAAGAUGGCAAGAGAGCUAGCGGUGACUAUGGAUACAGUGAGAGUCCAGAAGCUUCUGGAGGACAUGGUUAUCCCAGAGCAGGUCAGGUGAACCCGUGUAGUUCCAAGUCCUCUUUUUCUUCCCCUUCUCGUGAAGAGCCCAAUGAUAGUGACAAUCGGACAGGUAUUCAAGGCUGGGGAAGAGAUGCUGGUAAGUUUUCAAGCCUGAAACCCACCAUGGGCUCCCAUUUAUGGUCAAGCGUCAAUCACGAUGAGUCAUUGCAGAGAAGUCCUACAAAACCUCAAGCAGAUCUCCAUCCAUACCAGCAACUGCGAAACUCUUGCAGGUCUUCAGAAAGUGGGUAUGGAAGUCAGGAAAGUGGAGGAGAAGGUCCUGGGCUUAGUCAAAGCUAUGACCAAAACCCAACUUACCAGAGAUCAUCCUCUUUCUCUCACGCCUGUGCCCCAUUGCCCUCUUCUGUUGGGUUUAAUGAUGAGUUGCCUGUGGGGUAUUUGCAGCAGAGAUCUUCAUCCUUCUCUGCUCCAUCACCACACUCUCCUCAGGCUCUUUUGAAUCAGUCUGAUAAUAUUAAUCCAAACUGUGGCGUUGAGAUGUGGGCUUCUAGUGCUCCAAAUAAAAACAUCAUUGACAAGCAGUCGAGACAUAGUGAUAGCACUCAGUCUUCAGUUUCUGGUUCACUUCCUACUCCAUUACCUCCAAGUGUAGACUACCAGCAAGCUAACACUCAUGCAAAACCUACUGGCCAUUUUGUAGUUCAUGGUCAAAAUCACAGGAUUAAUUGUGCUGGAUCUGGCAUGAGCCCUGAACAGAAUUCCUUAAGUGGGACAUCUCAUGGACCAAUGAUUUCCCAUGUUCCAAAAUCUCCUUUUAAAGAUGGCAUCACCUCUCUGCAGCAUGACUCUGGUCACCAAGAAACCUCCACUUCUGCAAAAAUAAAACUACCCUGCCAGACACUCCUUCCACAGCAAGAACAAGGGCCAUCCACUGCUGAAUUAAAAUUAGAAGCUCUUACCCAGCGUCUGGAACAGGAGAUGGAUGCUUGUCCAAAGGCUGACUAUUUUGGAACCUGUGUGAAGUGCAACAAAGGUGUAUAUGGCGCAAACCAGGCUUGCCAAGCAAUGGGGAAUCUCUACCAUGAUGGAUGCUUCACCUGUGGAGCAUGUAGUCGAAAGCUGAGAGGGAAAGCUUUUUAUUUUGUUAAUGGAAAGGUGUUUUGUGAAGAAGACUUCCUGUAUUCAGGUUUCCAGCAGUCAGCUGAUAGGUGUUUCAUAUGUGGCCAUUUGAUCAUGGACAUGAUUUUGCAAGCUCUGGGGAAGUCAUAUCAUCCUGGCUGCUUCCGUUGUGUGAUCUGUAAUGAAUGUCUGGAUGGAGUGCCAUUCACAGUAGACAGCGAGAACAAAAUCUACUGUGUCCGGGAUUACCACAAGGUUUUGGCACCAAAAUGUGCAGCUUGUGGUCUUCCCAUUCUGCCAAGUGAGGGAUCUGAUGAGACCAUCCGUGUCGUGUCAAUGGACAAGGAUUACCAUGUGGAAUGUUACCGCUGUGAGGACUGCAGCAUGGAACUCAAUGAUGAGGAUGGACAUCGUUGUUACCCACUGGAUGAACAUUUGCUUUGCCAUUCCUGCCACCUUAAACAUAUAGAGAAAGGCACAAGUCCUGUAGCUGCAUAUCGGCAUCACUACUAGUCAGCGCUGCCAAAGUUCCUAGAAGUCUGCCAAAGGACUACAGUGGUUUCUUUUAGGUGCUCCUGUCUCCCAGCUGGUGAUUUGCAGUAUGAAGAUGAAAGUGGAGGCUUUACCUUGUCCCAUGCAUUGUGCGCACAGGAAUUCUACACAAAGGGUGUUGAUGGCAAAACACAUGCAGUGUUAGCCAGGUAGCUUAUGUGACUUUUUGUUGGACGAAGGGAAUGGGAUAAUAAUUUGGGAAGAACUGCAACAAACUAUAGUGCCGCAUGUAUGCAGUGAUACACAGCCCUGUGUCUAAUCUAGUGGCUUGUUUUUAUAGUCCACUUGUGCGAAUCGUGAAAACACUUCACCAGCAACUCCAUUUAGUGGGUUUCUUGCUCUAGAAAUAUACUGUGCCUCUUCUGUUGUGGGAAUAAUGACUGAGAAUAGCCACAUCCUAUUUUUUUACCCUGUGGGGAUUUUUUUUCCUUUUGUUUCUUUUCCCCUCCUAUUCGACCCUAAGCUCUGAAAAAGGCAGAGACACUGAAAAUAUUUAUGCCUAGGUAAGACUGAUCUGGUGUUCUCACUAUUCAUUUUAGACACCCAGUCAUUCUACCUAUUUCCAGAGUUUAGGCAUCGGCAUUGAUGUGAAAUAACUAGUCAGAAUAACUCACGAGCACACAUUAGGAGGGUUUAUGCAACUUUUAUAACUCUACUUAUUUUGAGCACUUGAAACAACCUGAGAGUAAAGCACGGACUUUAUAUGUACAACUUUAGGAUGUUCUGUCAGCCACUGACUGUGUGGACUGACAGAAAAACAAUUCGUUUUCAAGAAUAAGAUCUUCUAUAUUGUGUCUAGGAAAAAUAAAAACAUCUGUUUUUUUUCUUUGAACACCUGUGCCUUAAAUCAUAACUUUUACAACUAAAUGUGUGUUUAAUAAAUGUGAUAAAGGCUAUUGAAUAUUUGUGUACUUCUAGUUACUAAUGGGAUAAACUGAAGCAGAUACUUUAAUGUUAAUUUAAAAAUGUUUGCCUGAGACGUCAGCCAGUUGAUCGUCCCAAUGCAACCCAAGCUUAUUGAGUGCCAAUAAAUUAAUUCUGCAUCAGU